GUCACGGCCUGUUACUUAUAGAUCGCCGUGGUUAAAAUAAAUAAAAAAGCUCAAUCGUUAAAUUUGAUUUUCUGUAUUUUAUAAGAUGAAGCGGUAAAUAUAAAAGGUAAUAACAUCAUUAAGUGCACAUUCAGUGUGAUUAUGUUAUGUUUCACAGUAAUCAAAGUCAGAUUUUGAAACAAGAAGUUCUAACAAAACGUGCCAUUGGAAAAUGUCGUGCUACCCCAAUAAAUUAUAAAGAAAGGUUAUUUGUGUUAACACCAACACAUCUUACAUACUAUGAAGGAAAUGAAAAGUCAAGAGGGAGAGAGAAAGGUUCUCUUGAGCUUUGGAAAAUAAAAGCAAUUGAACGAGUAGAUGAUAAUGCUCUCAAAAAAAACUUUUGUUUUCAGAUUGAAUAUGAAAAUUAUAUUUUAUAUAUAAAAGCAAGAGAUGAUAAACAAAGAUAUGAUUGGAUGACAAUUUUGAGAGAAGAAGUUGAAGCUAAAGAGAAUAAUUUACAGCCAACACACCACCCUGGCAUUUUCACUAGUAACUUGUGGACUUGCUGUAAAGAAAAAGAAAAGAAUUCAAGUGGCUGCAAAAAUUCCUUCUGUUAUAAAGAUGUGAUCAAUCAAAGUGCCAUUUUAAUUGAAGGAUAUAUAGGGCCUCGUGAAAAUGGAAAUGGUCAUUGUGAGAUAAACUUUAAAGUUACUGCUAAGUUUGAUUAUAAUACAACUCAAGAAACAGAUUUACCUUUAAAAAAAGACCAAGAAUACACUGUAAUUGAUGUUUCCAAAGUUAAUUGGUGGCUGGCACGUGAUGAAUUUGGAAAAAUUGGUUAUAUUCCAUCAAACUUUGUUGUCAGGCAUUUUGGAAUUGAAAGUGAAAAAUGGUAUCAUGCUGAUAUGACACGACAAGAAGCUGAUCAAGUAAUGCAGAAUACAAAUGAUGGAACUUUUCUUGUCAGAAAUGCAAGUAAACCAAAAAUGUACACACUCUCUUUUAGUUUCCAAGGUGUUGUUAAACAUUAUCAUAUCAAAACAGAUAGUGACAAUUUGUUUUAUGUUUCUCAACGACACAGUUUUGAAUCUGUUGUACAACUUAUAGAGUAUCAUAAACUUAACAGUGCUGGGCUUGCAACACGACUUCGUUUUCCUUAUACUGGAACUAAUAAUCCACCUGUUUUGUUAGGAUAUGGUGUAUUUCAGAUCAACAGAAAUGAGCUCACUAUAAUGAAACAGAUUGGUACUGGACAAUUUGGAACAGUUCAUGAAGCUUUGUGGAAAAAUAAUAAAUUAGUUGCAGUAAAAAUGAUGAAACCCGAUUCUAUGUCUGAAAAUGAUUUCAUUGAAGAAGCAAAAGUAAUGCAGCGGUUUCAACAUCGCAAUUUAAUAACAUUGUAUGGAGUCUGCACUACUCAUCCCUUGUAUAUUGUUGUUGAGCUUAUGAAAAAUGGUUCUUUAUUGGACUAUCUACGUAAUAAUAAACAACUUUUAGAAAAAACGCAAGUUCUUAUUGAUAUUAUUUUAAAGGUUUCCUCUGCUAUGGAAUAUUUAGAAAAAAAUAAAUUCAUACAUAGAGAUCUAGCUGCUCGCAAUUGCUUAGUUGGUGAAAAUAAUACGAUUAAGGUUGGAGACUUUGGGCUCGCAAGAUACGUUCUUGAUGAUGAAUACACAGCUUCUGAAGGAUCGAAGUUUCCAGUUAGAUGGGCAGCUCCGGAAGUAAUUGAAUACACAAAGUUUAGCAGCAAAUCUGAUGUUUGGUCUUUUGGUGUCUUAACUUGGGAAGUUUUUACUGGUGGCAAAUCUCCAUAUGCCAUGCUAAACAAUUAUCAAGUGGCAAAUGAGGUUCGUAAAGGUUAUCGAUUGGAGGAACCAAACAAUUGUCCUAAGGAUAUUUAUACAUUAAUGUGCAACUGUUGGCACCAGACACCUGAGAAACGUCCUUCAUUCUGUAGUAUAAAAGAACAUCUUGAGAAGCUUACUGAAGACUUUUAAAAUCGAACUCGUUAGUAUUUAUUGCUAUUUUUUUAUUUUAAUAUAUAUUUUUAAACUUUA